AACCUGCAUCUAUACCUGCAAAACUACUGUUACUACUACAAGAACCAACAAAUAUCUCUACAGACCUACCUAGUCUACUCCCAAUACCAUCCACAUCACAAACUUCUAUAUCUACACAAAAGUUUUGA